UGUUAUUUUUUUUUUUGUUCAAAAUCAACAUAAUGUCUAUGCUUUGUCGACGAUUAUUUCAGGUCAAUACAACAAAUGGCCUACCUGCAGCAUGCGUUAAUUAUGCAUCGGCUCGAUUUGUUAGUAAUCCUUCGGAAAGUACCGAUUUGAAAGGUAUUAUGGCAAAGAAAAUUGUUGAACAUCAACGACGUGUAAAAGAAUUUCGUGCUGCAUUCGGUAACAAUGUUAUUGGUGAGAUUGCCAUCGAUCAAGUAUAUGGCGGUAUGCGUGGUCUCAAAGCAUUGGUUACUGAAACUUCGUAUCUUGAUCCUGAAACUGGUAUCUCAUUUCGUGGUUAUUCGAUUCCUGAAUGUCGUGAAAAAUUACCACAAGCACCUGGUGGUGAAGAACCAUUACCCGAAGGUCUUUAUUGGCUUUUAUUAACCGGUGAUAUACCGAAUAAACAACAAGUGGAAACAAUUUCCAAACAAUUUGCCGCUCAUGCCGAUCUACCAUCACAUGUUGUGACAAUGUUGAAUAAUUUUCCAUCAAAUCUCCAUCCAAUGUCUCAAUUUAGUGCCGCAAUAACUGCUUGUAAUACUGAAUCAUUGUUCGCUAAAGCAUAUGGUGAAGGUGUCAACAAAGCAACAUAUUGGGAAUAUGUUUAUGAAGAUGCCAUUCGUUUGAUAGCUAAAUUGCCGACUAUUGCUGCAACUAUUUAUCGUAAUCUUUAUCGGGAUGGAUCAUCGAUUGGUGCUAUUGAUCCAAAUAAAGAUUGGUCAGCCAAUUUCACAACAAUGCUUGGUUUCAAUGAUCAAGUAUUUACAGAUUUGAUGCGCCUUUAUUUGACUAUCCAUAGUGACCACGAAGGAGGAAACGUCAGCGCCCAUGCAGUUCAUCUUGUUGGUUCUGCUCUAUCUGAUCCUUAUCUAUCAUUCGCUGCUGGUAUGAACGGUUUGGCUGGACCAUUGCAUGGAUUAGCCAAUCAAGAAGUAUUGGUCUGGUUAACCAAAUUACAGAAAGAACUUGGUGACAAUGUUAGUGAUGAAAAAAUGAGCGAAUUUGUAUGGAAAACAUUGAAAAGUGGUCAGGUUGUCCCUGGUUAUGGUCAUGCUGUAUUACGUAAAACCGAUCCACGUUAUACUGUUCAACGUGAAUUUGCACUCAAACAUCUACCUGAUUAUCCAAUGUUUAAACUUGUGGCCCAAAUCUAUAAGACAGUACCGCCAAUUUUGUUGGAACUUGGUAAAGUGAAAAAUCCAUGGCCCAAUGUUGAUGCCCAUUCCGGUGUACUUUUGCAGUACUAUGGACUAAAAGAGAUGCAAUACUAUACUGUAUUAUUUGGUGUUUCACGUGCUCUUGGUGUUAUGGCAUCAUUAGUUUGGGAUCGUGCACUUGGUUUACCAAUCGAACGGCCUAAAUCAAUGACUACGGAAGGUUUACAAAAAUUGGUUGGCGCUUUGUAGAAAACACAUAAUCAUCACAUUUCGAAAAAUCAUCAUUAUUGUGUGUAUGUGUGGAAUGAAAACAAAGUCAUCGAAUGUGUAUAAGAAAUAGAAAAAUUCAACAACUUUUUUUUUGUUUAUUUAGAUGGUAAAAAAAAAUACAGCAAAAAUUGUUAAAAAAACAACAACAACAACAGCUCCUAUUAUAUUUAUCUUCAUAUCCCCGGUCCAUGAAUGUUCCGGUUGUAUUAAUACUUAUAAAUUAUU